AUGGCAAGUUCAUCAUCAGAUCAAGGUGCAACACCAUAUUCACAUUUCAAGUAUGAUGUUUUUCUGAGCUUUAGAGGCUACACAAGACUCAGAUUCACAGACGCACUCUAUCAUGCUUUGAUCAACAACGGAAUCGACACCUUCAGAGAUAACGACGAGCUGAGAAUAGGCGAGGAACUUGAAGGUGCUCUUCUUGAAGCAAUUGAAAGAUCAAGGAUGUCAAUUCUUGUACUCUGUGAUAAAUAUCCAACUUCUAAGUGGUGCCUUGAUGAACUCGUCAAGAUCAUGGAGUGUUCAGAGAACGGAAGGAAGCGACCAGUGUUACCAGUUUAUUACUAUGUGGAAAGAUCAGAUGUGCAGUACCAGCUCAAUGAAUAUGCAAAAGCCAUGACUGAUCAUCAAGAAAAAGGCCGAUACAAUCACAAGUUGGAAGCUUGGAGGUCAGCCUUGUCUCAAGUAGGCAAGAUUUAUGGUCAACGCUGUGAUCAGAAUACGUGA